UAGAAAAAAAAAGGCCGAUAUUUGUAUCCCGGAAAGGCCGAAACCCUCUCCCUCUUUUGCCCCCCACCUUCUUCUACUACCCCUCUUUGACCCCGCUAUUCUCUCAAUCUUGCCGGAGGAAGAAGAGAGACGAUAAGCGGCGACGUCUUGGAGAGCAAACGAACAUGGAGGAGAUCGCUGACCGGACCGGUCUGAACGCGGCGGCUCCUCGGCUUGAAGAGGAAGAGGACGAGGGGGACGUCUGUAGGAUCUGUCGGAAUCCAGGGGACGCUGAUAACCCUCUCCGAUACCCUUGCGCUUGCAGCGGAAGUAUCAAGUUCGUCCACCAGGAUUGCCUGCUCCAGUGGCUUAAUCACAGCAACGCUCGCCAGUGCGAGGUAUGCAAGCAUGUAUUUUCCUUCUCCCCUCUUUAUGCUGAAAAUGCUCCUGCUAGGCUACCCUUUCGAGAGUUUGUAAUUGGAAUGGCAAUGAAAGCAUGUCAUGUUCUACAAUUCUUUCUACGCCUUGCUUUCGUUCUUUCUGUAUGGCUUCUCAUAAUCCCUUUCAUUACGUUUUGGAUAUGGCGCUUGACGUUUGUAAGGACUUUUGGUGAAGCUCAGAGGCUGUUCUUGAGUCACUUGUCUGCUCCCUUGAUUCUCACGGAUUGUUUACAUGGGUUUUUACUGUCUGCUAGCAUUGUAUUUAUCUUUCUUGGCGCAACAUCUCUUCGAGAUUAUUUCAGACAUCUUCGAGAACUUGGGGGACAUGAUGCAGAUGAUGAAGGUCAAGAAAGGCAGGGUGCACGUGCUGCUAGGAGAGCUGCUGGCCCCGCCAAUAGGGCCCAGGCUGUUGAGGGAAAUGGUGAAGAUGGAGUUGGAGCCCCAGGGAUUGCUGGAGCAGGGCAAAUAAUUAGAAGAAAUGCAGAAAAUGUUGCUGCCCGUUUGGAAAUGCAAGCAGCACGCCUUGAAGCACACGUUGAGCAGAUGUUUGAUGGACUGGAUGAUGCUGAUGGUGCAGAAGAUGUGCCUUUUGAUGAACUUGUUGGGAUGCAAGGGCCUGUUUUCCAUUUAGUUGAAAAUGCAAUAACUGUUCUGGCUAGCAAUGCUAUUUUCCUUGGAGUUGUAAUUUUUAUCCCUUUCUCACUAGGGAGGAUUGUUCUCUAUUAUCUAUCUUGGCUUUUUUCUUCUCCAUCAAGUUCAAUUAUGUCUACAGCCGUGCCGCUGGCUGACUCAGCUCUCUCUUUGGCUAACAUUACCUUGAAGAACGCCUUGGUGACAGUGAAUAGCUUGUCUGAAAGUAGUAAUGAUGGUGCUCUUAGCCAAGUAAUUGAGUCCGUUGUUGGCUCCUCAAAAUUCAAUUCAACCGGAACGGAUGAGAUCUCAAACAGCAUUAACAGUUCCAUUUCACUGAGUGGGACUAUCGCUGGCUCAUCACGUCUUUCAAAUGUUACAACUCUCGCCGUUGGGUAUAUGCUCAUAUUCUGUCUGGUCUUCUUUUAUCUCGGGCUUUUUACUUUAAUUCGAUAUACACGGGGUGAGCGUUUGACCAUUGGAAGGCUUUAUGGAAUUGCUUCGAUUGCAGAAGCAAUUCCUUCUCUCUUCAGGCAAUUUUUGUCAGGAAUGAGACAUCUGAUGACUAUGGUCAAGGUUGCUUUUCUUCUGGUGAUUGAGCUUGGUGUCUUCCCUUUGAUGUGUGGAUGGUGGCUUGAUGUUUGCACCUUAAGGAUGCUUGGAACAACAUUUGCUAAAAGAGUUGAAUUCUUUGCACUCUCUCCAUUGGCAAGCUCCUCAAUUCAUUGGCUUGUGGGGAUUAUUUAUAUGCUACAAAUAAGCAUCUUUGUCAGUCUUCUACGUGGGGUAUUGAGAAAUGGAGUUCUAUAUUUUCUACGAGACCCAGCUGAUCCAAAUUAUAAUCCAUUCCGAGAUCUAAUUGAUGACCCAGUUCAUAAACAUGCUCGGAGGGUCUUGUUAUCUGUUGCUGUUUAUGGUAGCUUGAUUGUGAUCCUUGUCUUCUUACCUGUUAAUCUUGCUAUGCGCUUGGCACCUUCCAUUUUUCCGCUUGACAUUACUAUCUUUGAUCCAUUUACGGAGAUUCCUGCAGAUGUACUACUGUUUCAAAUAUGUAUCCCUUUUGCUAUCGAACAUUUCAGGCCACGUGCAACCAUUAAGGCCCUUUUACGCAGAUGGUUUACAGCAGUUGGUUGGGCUCUUGGUUUGACUGAUUUUUUGCUCCCUAGACCCGAGGAAAAUGGCCGGCAAGAAAAUGGUAACGUUGAAGUAGUAAGGAGAGAAAGAUUGCAUGAUGCACGCCAAGCAUUGGGACCACAUCGUCAGCCUUUGGCACAACUAAUUGCUGCUGAUGAUCAUGACAGACGUGGUCAUGCAAAUGUCCAUACUGAUGUUGAUGAAGAUUCAGAUGUUGAUGAUCAAGCAGAUUCUGAAUAUGGCUUUGUACUUCGCAUUGUGUUGUUACUGAUCUUGGCAUGGAUGACACUUCUGCUUUUCAAUGCAACAGUUAUUGUUGUACCUAUUUCACUUGGACGUGCAACAUUUAAUGCAAUUCCUCGCCUCCCUUUUACUCAUGGUAUCAAGUGUAAUGAUCUCUUUGCUUUCAGCAUUGGUUGUUAUCUUAUCUGGACCAUUAUGGCUGCAACUAGCUAUUCAGCUGAUUACAUUAGAAACCGGAGAGCCAGUCAUCUGAUAUCGCAAAUUUGGAAAUGGUGUACUAUUAUUUUGAAAAGCUUAGCCCUUCUCUCUAUAUGGAUUAUUGUCAUUCCUGUUCUGAUUGGCCUGCUUUUUGAGUUGGUGGUGAUUGUACCAAUGAGGGUUCCCGUGGAUGAAAGCCCAGUUUUCCUUCUUUAUCAAGAUUGGGCUCUUGGGCUCAUAUUUCUGAAGAUCUGGACUAGAUUGGUUAUGCUUGACCAGAUGGCUCCAUUGGUGGAUGAGAGCUGGCGGGCCAAGUUUGAAAGAGUGAGAGAAGACGGAUUCUCUGGACUGAGAGGCUUUUGGAUUCUUCGUGAGAUUGUGAUCCCAAUCAUCACCAAGUUGCUGACUGCACUCUGUGUUCCCUACGUCUUUGCGAAGGGUCUGUUCCCCAUUCUUGGCUAUCCACUCAUAGUUAAUUCUACUGUAUAUCGAUUUGCCUGGCUGGGCUGCCUCCUCUUCAGCAUGCUUUACUUUUGCGCCAAGAGGUUCCAUGUUUGGUUCAUGAAUCUCCACAAUGCCAUUCGUGAUGAUCGCUAUUUGAUUGGACGAAGAUUACACGACUUUGGCGAGAAUGGUAGUGGAUCAAGGGGUAGUGAUCUCUCCAACAUGUCCGAAAUGGAAUUAGCUCACGAUCAUGGAGUUGACAUUGGAUUGAGGUUGAGACAUGCUAAUCAGCGCGCCAACCUGUAAGGUGAAUGACAAGACUCCUGCAGUUUGUAUUACUUUUGUUGGUCUUCUCAUUGACUAUUUUUUUUCCUUCAAAUGUUUGCAUUAAAAAAAAAAAAAACAAAAACAAAUAGUAUGGGGUGUAGAUCUAUUUUCAAUUGUGACAAAUGAUAUUGAAAGGGAGGCUUCGUAUGUAGCAUUGUUACUCUUGUAAUAAACCAAAAAAAAAAGGAUCGAAUGGUACUUUGCAUAUAUUUGAAGGAAUGGAACACUGUUAUAUUUGUGUUUU